AUUUAUUUAUUGAAAAUUUUUCCAUUUCUUUUCUUUUUCUUUUUUCUGGGUAUUUUGAUUGGCGAGUGAGAAAAGCAAAAUCGCUGAGAUUUUUCCUUUUCAUUACAAAAAAAGUUUCAUUUUUUCGAAAUUUCGAGGAGAGCGAAGCCGGCCUGCGCUGAGGGCGAGGGGAGAAGGGUCCGCACGUCUUAAUUUUCUCUCUUUUUCCUUUUUGUUCUUUCUCGAGAAAAAUCUCUCUCUCUCCGGCUUUAAUUUGAAUUUUCUCGGCUCCCAUACGCGUACUUCUUGACAUCUCGCCGUGUUCUAUCUCUUUUUUUUGUAUGCUGUUUAUUUUAUUUAUUGCCGUAUCUCGACCCAAGUCGCCGUCUACCCAGAUUUCUUUGGUGGGGUUCUGAUUAUAUUUCGAGGUGUCGUAUAGAUAAAAAUGUCAUCUGCAAAUCCUUAUUUUGAUGACAUUCGGAGCAAACCUGAGGUUAUCGAUCCUCCCCCAAACGACGACAUGAUGGAUGUAAGUGAAAGUGUGAGUGAUCCGUCUCGAAAUGGAGGGAAACCUAAUGUAGCUGUCUCUAGCAGUGUCCGUGACCUGUUGGAGUGCCCUGUUUGCUUAAAUGCUAUGUACCCUCCCAUUCAUCAGUGUUCUAACGGUCACACGUUGUGUUCUGGUUGCAAGCCAAGGGUGCACAACCGGUGUCCGACCUGCAGGCAUGAACUCGGGAAUAUCAGAUGUCUUGCAUUAGAGAAGGUGGCUGCAUCUCUGGAACUUCCAUGUAAAUAUCAAUCGUUCGGAUGCGUGGGCAUAUACCCGUACUAUAGCAAGCUGAAACACGAAUCACAAUGUGUGUAUCGACCCUAUAACUGUCCAUAUGCGGGGUCGGAAUGCACAGUUGUUGGCGACAUUCCUUUUCUGGUAACCCACCUCAAGGAUGAUCACAAAGUUGAUAUGCACAAUGGGAGCACUUUCAAUCAUCGCUAUGUCAAGUCCAAUCCACAAGAGGUCGAAAACGCUACCUGGAUGCUAACGGUCUUCAGCUGUUUUGGUCAGUACUUUUGCUUACAUUUCGAAGCCUUCCAGCUCGGCAUGGCGCCCGUGUACAUAGCAUUCUUGCGGUUUAUGGGUGACGACAAUGAGGCGAAGAACUACAGUUACAGUCUCGAGGUUGGAGGAAAUGGGAGGAAGAUGGUUUGGCAAGGAGUGCCACGGAGUAUACGGGACGGUCACCGGAAGGUCCGAGACAGCUUCGACGGUCUUAUCAUCCAACGGAAUAUGGCGCUUUUCUUCUCCGGAGGCGAUCGGAAGGAGUUGAAACUCAGGGUAACUGGUAGGAUUUGGAAGGAGCAGUAGCCAUUUUAGCUCCCUUAGAAAGUAAAGUAGCCAUUUUAGAGAUGAUAAUACUUAUCCAACUCCAAUCAUGUAAUCUAGUUUUUUGGUUCUUUUAGUUUAACAUUGAAAGGCAAUGUCUCUUUGCUUGUGGGAAUCAAUCAACCACAUGAACUGCAAAACCUGUGCUCUUCUGUUCCAAGAGAAAGCAGUUCUGUUAC